UCUCUCUCUCUCCAUAUCUGUUCGAGUAUUUUUGGCCGUUGGAUUACAGAUCUUGAACUGUACGGAGACCCUAGAAGAAGCCCUGCCAAUGUAGGGUUUUCUUUGAGGCGAGAGUCGAUAGCAGCGUUCGAUCUGAUUGAUUUUUUUCUGUCGAAAUCGGUGUUUUCUAGGGUUUUUUCUUUGGCAUUUGAAGUGCUUGAAGUCUUCCGAGGUUAGAGUUUCCAUUCCACGACGAUCGAACCGCGUGGUGUUUGGAAGCCCUUGGAAAUUUCGGUUAUUCGAGAAUUCACUGAAGAAAAUCCGCAUUUGAUGCCGGUUAGCUGAGUUUCUCAGUGUUUUUAGUGAAAUCGAGUGGAUUUUCCUACCAAGAUCGACGUUUUCGAGCUGUUGAGAUGCUGAAGAAGCUUGAUUUCUGUCAAGUAAUGUGCUGAGUUCGUUGGCUAGAUAAUUGAUAUGCUGGCCUUGUUUUAAAUUCCAACAACAGAAUCUCGAUCUUUUGAUUGCAAUUUGAGCCAUUGAUCGAGGGCAUUCUAAAUCUUCUUUGAUGGAUCCAUCCUAUCAGAGGGGACCUUAUACAGGCCUGGAUUGGGUGCAAGCCACCCAUCUGUAUGAAAGAGUAAUUGCUUCCGAGAAUGAGGCUUUGCAAAUACGAGCAACGGUUGAGCUUGGAUGGCUAUCAGAAGACGUGCCUGAGUCCAUUUUAGCGCAGAUGGUGCCAAUUCUCGUUGAGCUUCUGGGUAGACCUUUGGGUGAUCACCAGCCAUCGAUCCAAGAAGCCGCUGCAUACUGCCUGAACUGCUUUACUCGUCGAGGCGAUGGCGCAUUGUGCAUGCAUGUUGGACAGUCAGGUGCCAUACCAUCCAUUCUGGGGCUUUUGCCACAGUCGGCUGGUCGGUUUCAGAGAAUUUUGGCAAAAUGUCUUAGGAAUAUAGUCAGUUGUGAUAGUCUUAGUCGGGUAAUUCUGGCUAGAAAUGGUGGUUUGGAAGUUAUUCUUGAUGUGAUUGCUUCAUGUAGUGAUGAUACAAGGCCGUAUUUGUUAGAGAUUUUAAGCGCGUUGGUGAUGGUGAGAGAGGUUAGGCGGGUUCUUGUCAAUUUAGACGGCCUCUCUCUGCUCAUCGAAUCUGCAGGAAAUGGUAAAAUGGUGUCUAGAACCAGAGCCGCUCAUGCAAUUGGGUUGCUUGGGGUGACAAGAAGACUGCGGCAGAAGCUUGUUGACUUGGGUGUGAUCCCGGUGCUCGUGGGGCUGCUGCAAGAUGGAGAUAUGCUAGCAAAGCUAACGGCUGGCAAUGCUCUUGGUAUAAUCUCAUCGCACGUUGAUUACCUUAGGCCAGUUGCUCGGGCCGGGGCAAUUCCUUUGUUUGCGGAACUACUUGAAGGCCCUGACCCCCUCGGUAAAGAGAUUGCAGAAGAUGUGUUUUGUAUCUUGGCUGUUGCAGAGGAGAAUGCAGUAUUGAUCGCAGGACACUUGGUGAGAGUUCUUCAAGGAGGCAAUGACGAAGCAAAGGCUGCGGCAGCAGAUGUUCUCUGGGAUCUGUCAGGUUACAAGCACUCUGUAUCUGUAGUACGGGAGUCUGGUGCCAUCCCACUUCUGAUUGGACUUUUGAGUUGCGGGAACAAUGAUGUUAGAGAGAAGGCAGCCGGGGCUGUUACCCAGUUGAGCUACAAUGAAGCUGAUAGAGAAGAUCUGGUCAAUGCAGGUGCUGUCCCUAUCCUCCUUAGGUUGUUGCAUGAUGAAUCUGAGGAGGUGAAGGAUAACGCAGCAGAAGCUCUGAUCAAUUUCUCGGAGGAUCCAUCGUUGAGUGACAGAAUAUCCGAGGUGUUUGAUAUUCCCGCUUUCCAGAAUAUAUUGGAUAGACUCGCUCGGAUUCGUGCAUCUGAUGAGCAUAUGGUUAGAUCUUUGGACCGGAUGAACGUUGAACAGUUCACGGAAGACCCAGAACUUGCAUGAUUAUUACCUGGGUAUGCUUUCUGAUUAUUGUAAAUGGUAUAUGUAUUUACCUCAUAGCUUGUUUGUUUGAGUUGGUUAUUAUGAGAAUACCAAACAAUAAGAUGCUGCCUUUGCAUUUUACAAUUUUGCUAUCUUGUUUCCGUAAUGCUAGUUUGGCUAUCUGUAAUGGGUAACAUACAUGGAAACCCUGUGUUUCUUUUCUGUGUA